AUGAGUAGGAAUUCAAGCCAUCGAGGCGGCAGGAGCAGAGACCGACCGGCGGAACCAGUGGCGCUGUUUCCGCGGAUGGACGUGCGCAGCGCGGCAGCGGCAGCAGCGGCGGGGCCCAAGCCUCCCCCGCGGAACAAGAUGGCGCUCUUUGAGUCCUUGGCGCCGCCUUCCGCUAAGCUUUUCCGUCAGGCGGUUUCCCGUCGAACGGUUUUCCGUCGAACGGUUUUCCGUCAAGCAAUUUCCCCUCAAACGUUUUCACGUCAAGCGGUUUCCCGUCAAGCGGUUUCCCGUCCAGCAGUUUUCCGUCAAGCGGUUCAGGACCAGCAUUCGCAGAUUCUUUCGCUCAUCCCGCCGCCGCUGGGGUACGCUUGCCUCCCGCCUUCCUGUGCCUCCCGCCUUCCUCUUGCCUCCCGCCUUCCUGUUGCCUCCCGCCUUCCUGUUGCCUCCCGCCUUCCUGUUGCCUCCCGCCUUCCUGUUGCCUCCCGCCUUCCUGUUGCCUCCCGCCUUCCUGUUGCCUCCCGCCUUCCUGUUGCCUCCCGCCUUCCUGUUGCCUCCCGCCUUCCUGUUGCCUCCCGCCUUCCUGUUGCCUCCCGCCUUCCUGUUGCCUCCCGCCUUCCUGUUGCCUCCCGCCUUCCUGUUGCCUCCCGCCUUCCUGUUGCCUCCCGCCUUCCUGUUGCCUCCAGCGAUCCCGUUGCGUUUCCUUAUGCGUCAAGCUGUUUACAUUCGCUUCCCGCUCGUACCAAUGGCUCGUUGUCUGGAAGCUUCCACGAAGCCGCGUCUCCGGUGUGCCAAGCCGCGUGCGCAACACACUCCGUCGGGGGGCCUUCCUCCGGUUCCGACCCUUCCGCCCCGUCCGCCCUGUCUCCCGUUGCGAGCGCAGCAUGGGGGGUGUCCGCACUGCCGCGCGCUAUCGGCGGAACUCUCCCCCCGCCGCAUGCAUCAGGCGCAUCCGGAAGCUCAGGCGGAUUUCCAGGAUUCCCAAGCCCCGCCACGGGCGCAAUUGCGGAAGGAAGGGGCGGAGGGGGAUCUGGCGGGAUGGCGGACGGGAUGGCGGAAGGUACUAUGGCGGAGGCAAUGACGGGCGGAGGAGCGCGGAUCCCCGGAAGCUCGUCCCCGCGGGAUGAGGCUGCGGAGAGCGCGUUCUGGGCGUGGCGCCACCACUCGCGCACCUCCCCCCCGGGCCCCCCUGUUUCCGCCUCCGCCCCCUCCUUCGCCCUUCCCGGUGCCCCUUCUCCGUUCGCCCCCUACCCGUCCACCUUUCCGUCCGCCUUCAGUCGCCCUCUGCCUGUCCCCCUUGCCUCUGCUCCCCCUGAUGCUGCUGCAGCAGCCGCUGCUGCUAUGCUAGCAAUUAUGGGUGGCGGAAGGGAUGUGGCGGGAGGUAGGGGGGCGAUGGCGGGGGGCAAUGACUUGGUUGGGGCGCAAAACACGCUCUUGGGGGACGCUGGUAGGCCCCCUGGCGGAAGGGGAGGGGAAGACGGUUUCGGGGGGAAGGUGGAAGGCGGGUUUCCCCCUAGGGGGGAGUUGGGGGAAGGGGGAUUUGAAAGGCGGGGGCUGGCGAAGGAAGAGGGGGGGAAGGGGAAGGUGGGCGGAGGGGCUGACGUGGCAAAUAUGAAACCGGGUGCAUGGAGUGCGCGGGGAGCAGGGAGGGGAGAGGGCGAAGGGGGAAUUGGCAAGGGUGGAUGGGGACAGGGCGGAGGGGACAAGGUGUGGGCGGAGGAGCAGAGGAAGGAGGGGAAUGAAGCAGCGGGAGGAAGGGGAGUGAGUGGGGCGAUGGGGGGAGCAAGAGGAUUAAGGGGAGAGGGGGGAGCGUGGGGAGGAGUGAGUGGGAAAGGAGGAAAGAGGGUGGGGGAGAGGGAAGGAGGAGAGAGGGAAGGAGAGAGGGGAGGAGUGAGGGCGUGUGACGUGGUGGCAGUGGUGGGGCAGCGGGAGUUUUGGCGCGUGCAGCAAGGCAUGCAGAGGUGA